GGUCUCUCGCGAUACCCCUGCAGACGAUGAGCCAUCCAACCCAGACAAAUGGUAGUGAGUCAGUGAUCCAUUCUGUGCACGAGAAGGGAGAGUCGUACGGCAGCAUUGAAGAGGAUGAUGUCGGCCUACUAGGGCGGCCGUCUGUCGAGGAGGGCCGUCCAGAUCUCCCUGACACAAGCACCGCGGAUACCACCGCCUUGUUGCACUCCGAACAUGUCUCUGCCGAGGUUUCUGCAGCCAAACCCCACCUCAGCACAUUCAAAAUCUUGUGCCUGAAUGCUUUUUGGUUUGGAUAUCAGUUAUAUUGGUUUCUGGUCUUCGUUGCCAUUGUGCCCUCACAGAUUAAAGCAAUUGCGGGCGACAAGCAUAAGGGCUCGGCACUUUCUAUUGUUUCACUCUUUUCGGGGCUCCUGAAUCUGUUUUUGGCCGUAUUUUUUGGGGCAUUGAAUGACAGGUUUCGUAGCCGAUAUGGGAAAAGACAUCCAUGGAUAAUCGUGGGAGCACUUGGAAUGUGCACGUCCCUUUUCCUCCUGUGGCCUACGAAUACGCUGUGGUUCUACGUCCUUGCCUAUGCGUGCUUAACCGCAUCUACAGUUAUCGCCUCGGUCCCAUUCAACGGACUAAUCGCAGAUGUGACACCCCCCGAACAAAAAGGUCGUGUAUCUGCCAUUAUGGGAGGAAUGAAUCUUGGAGGAUAUCUUGGAGGUGCUCUUGUAGGAAUAUUUGCAGAGACGUUAGGGCUUGUUCCCCUGUAUAUGAUCAUGACGACUAUCUUGGCUACGACAACCUUCGUAACGGUGCGACUUGGACCACGAGAACCAGAAAAGCACUAUGUACCCCAGGAGAUUCCGCCAAUCGAUUGGUGGCCUUUCUUGGCAGAGCUUGUUCGGCCACUAUGGUCUCACCGAGACUUCCGAUUGGUUUUUAUGAGCCGAUUCGUGUUCCAGCUAGGCAUAGCUACCAUUCAACAGUUUAUGCAAUACUGGAUAGAUGACUGCGUGAAACCUAGUCUUCCAGCCACUCGAGCUGUCUCCUUGGCACUCAUUCCCCUUCUCGCUAUAUCACCAAUUACCGCCCUCCUCAUCCCGUCCAGCAGCCGCAAGCUCACUGUCUAUAGUGCCGCAGUUCUCAUGUGUACUACUGCCCUCAUCCUCAUGACCGCCCACACAUUCCCUCUCGCCCUGCUGGCUUCGUCAAUUUUUGGCAUUGGAUAUGGGCCAUUCAUAUCCGUUGAAUUUGCGAUGCUUAUCGAUGUACUUCCAAAUGAGCAAGACGCAGCGAAAGACAUGAGUCUGUGGCAUUCGGCGCUCGUUCUACCACAAAUAGUGGCCACCCCUGUCGCGGGAUGGGUGCGGGAUUUAGGGCAGACUUGGGGGGAAUCAUUGGGCGUUGAAUGUUUUGGAUAUAAGCUCAUAUUUGGGGUCUGUAUAGUAUAUUUUGUAUUGGGCGUUUCUGUGACACGGGCCAUUAGAGGCAUUAAAUAGAUUCAAGAGGAAGCUAGGGUAGCGGGAAUGACUUUGUAUUUACUAUGUGCUAUUGUGAUUUUGAUUUUCUGGU